UAAAAUGUUCCCCGUUGCAGCGGAGGUGCUUCAGUUGUUUUCAGAGGACAGAGACUCCCCGGAGAGAAAGGUGCCCAGUUAACAUCCAGGACGAUCGGAUCCGAGCACAUAGUUUUGACAAGACGGAUCUUAACAAAAACAGCAAAUGAUGAAUUUCCUCUACCUUUUGGGGCUCUUCCUGGCUGCCCCGCCAAGCGUUCAUGCACGCUCUUCCUUGCGCUUCAUCGCUGUGGGUGAUUGGGGCGGGGUGCCCAACGCUCCUUUCUACACAGCCCGUGAGGCAGCUGUAGCCAAUGAGAUGGGGCGUACGGCAGCUUCGCUGGGAGCAGACUUCAUCUUGUCCCUUGGAGACAACUUCUACUACAGUGGUGUGCAAGACGCCUAUGACAAGCGCUUUCAGGAGACAUUCGAGUCAGUUUUCCAGGCACCCUCAUUGCGCAACUUGCCCUGGUAUGUGUUGGCUGGAAACCACGACCACUCAGGGAAUGUCACUGCACAGAUUGCCUAUAGUAAAAUCUCCAAACGCUGGCAUUUCCCCAAAAACUACUACAGGCUGAGGUUCAAAGUGCCCGGCACCAACGCCACCGUUUCCAUUGUCAUGAUAGACACGGUGACCAUCUGCGGCAAUUCGGAUGACUUCCAAAAUGAGCAGCCCCAGCACCCACAGGAACUGGGCGCGGCCCGCUCCCAGAUGUCCUGGCUCCGCAAACAGCUGGCCAACUCUCAGGAUGACUACUUGCUGGUGGCUGGGCACUACCCAGUGUGGUCGGUGGGGAAGCACGGCCCAACCACAUGCUUGGUGAAGCAACUGCAGCCGCUGCUGCUGAAAUACAAGGCCACAGCCUACUUGUGCGGCCAUGAUCACAACCUGCAGUACCUGCAGGACAAAACUGGCUUGGGCUACGUGCUAAGUGGAGCGGGGAACUUCAUGGAUGACUCCAAGCAACACCUUCACGAGGUCCCUGCUGGAUACCUGCGCUUCUUCUAUGGCCACGCCUCUUCUCAGGGGGGCUUUGCCUACAUUGAGAUUAAUGGCAAAGAGAUGAGCAUUACCUACAUUGAGGCCAAAGGGAAGUCUCUCUACAAGACCUUGCUGCCCAGGCGGAGACGUUUCUGAAGAUGAGACAUCAGUCAGCAUUGGCCUUGUAUUAAAUAUCCUGGCUUGUAGGGGCACUGUUGGCCUGUCUGACACACACAAACAGAGCACUCCUUCCUCCUAGGGCUGAGAACUGGCAUUUGUGGGGAGUGUAGCCAUCGAGAGAGCUCUAACAUCUCCUGUUUGUGAGGCAUUCCUACUCUUCUGCACACCCCAAAAGACCCACCUGUAUGAAACCGGUCGUGGGUAUGUAGUUCUGUCUUCCUCCCAGUAGAACCUCAUCUCUUCUGCAUCCAAAGCAUUCCUUUCUGAAUGCUGCCUCUGAAUCUUUGUAUGUGGCUCCUGCCCAGAUGUUAAUAACAUACCAGAUCCAGAGUCAUCACAGGGCUACUUAAUCGCCACCUGGCUGGUGGCUACUACGAGCCUUUGAAUAGUAAAAGUCAUAGGUGUUAAUUUUUCGGCAUUUCAAAAUUUUCAAGAAUUGAGGAACAAACCAUAGCGGGCAAUGGUCAGAGAUCUGCUCAGCUUAAAUGAAAUCCAUACCCUUGCUCCUGGCCUUUGUUCCAACCAUAGGAUGAGGCCUCCAUGCAGUCUUGCUAUGCCCAUUGCAGCUCCCAGAGGGCAAAAUGAGAAAGGAAGAAUUUAGAAUUGCCACUUAACCCACCCCACCCCCAGAGCCUUUACAAGCACAAACACAUGAGAGG